UAAUCUUAGCUUUCGUGCAGUCCAUAAAAUUUCGACCCUUUUUCUGUCAUUCCAAUUUUUCUGUCUUUGCAAAAAAAAAAAAAGGUUGAAAGUCUCUCUUUGGACUUUGGAGCUCAAGGAUUGGAGCAAUUAGCAGUUGGUUUUUCGUUUUCGUGGUUUUGCAUUUGGGUUUCUUUCCUUUGUUCUUUUCUGGUUCUUGACUAGGUUGAUUUGGGGUUGUUACAAAUAUAGUGAAUCGUGGCGAUUUGCAGUGAAAAAGGAACAGCAUGCGGUGGUGGUUGAGUCUUUCUGUUGAUGUGUUUCGUACAGUUAUCUCCUCGAACUUGUAUUGUAGAGUCAUUCUGUAAUUCCAUAAUCUUAUCACCAAGGCCCCUCCUUUUUUUUAAACUCGGUAGUCUUACUAUUCUAUCUGCAAUGGGAUCCACUUUCUUCAUUGUCAUUCCAUGUUAUGUUCGCCAGAUUAGCUGAAUAACUUCAGACCCAUCUCUCAAAUUUCUAAUCCAAGAGUUAUCAUUUGAUGGUAGGCAGAGUUUUUGUAGUAGUAGUAGUUAUUCAAUUUUUCUUGAUCUGGAUUACGGGUUUUGAAUAAGCUGUCGUCCGGAAGAUUCUCUUUUUUGUGCCAUAUUGAAGGGUUGGGACGUAGUUAUGGUGUGCCAAGCAGCGAGCCAAACAAGAUUCCGGGCAUUAAAGUACGAAAAUGCUAUUGCGGGGAGUGCCACCAUUGUAGUUAGAGUUAUAGCAUGCUUUCAACCUCUUCAGGAUUGCCAGGCCGAAUAUUUCCGUCAUCUGCUUAAGCCUGUUACGUAGAUUUCUUUUAAAUUUCCGCGUUCAAGUUAAGCUGGAGUUUUUAGUUUUUUUCCUUGUUUUUGAGAGAAACUGCAAGUAUACUGCUAUAUCUACUUCUACAGCAUCCGACUACUGGUGAUUGUUCUGGUUGGAUGGGAGAAGGUUGUGGAUCCUGGUUUUCUCAGCAGCAAUUUAAUUGGCAAUCACCCAACUUGAAUUCUUUGGCUGCUCCUCAUCCUUUGGGGCAGCAAAGUAAUAAUCCUCAAUUCGUAAACUCGGGCAUUAAUAUGGUCUCAGCCACUGGGACUUUGCCAGUUUAUGUAAAUCCUGAAUUCCCUCACUUGCGGGUUGGCCAAGUUAAUGAACCUUAUAGCUGGUUUUAUCGUUUACCCCGUUUUCAACAGGUCUUAGCGCCCGCAUCAAACUCUUUCUUGAAAGAGCAACUCCUAGCUAACCCUCAUGAAAAUCAUACGGAAAAUAUUAUCCCCGUGGUGGGGUCUGGGUGUGGUCAGAAGAGAUUCCUUGUUUUUGAUCAAUAUGGUCAUCAAACUACCCUGAUCUUUAGUUCUGCUUUCGGGACUCCUGUUAAGUGCCUGACUUCUUGGGGUCCAAAAUCUCCUGCUGCUUGUAACUUCAAUAGGGAAGAUCCCAUAGCUAAAAUAAACCCGAAUCUUCACUCUGGACCAAUAUCUACAGAUAUAGUUGAUGACAAUGGGACUGAUGUGCAAAGUGAAAUGCGUGAGGACACUGAAGAACUCAAUGCUUUGCUUUUCUCGGAUGAUGAUAGUGAUUAUACUGAGGAUGAAGAAGUUACAAGCACGGGUCAUUCUCCUAGUACAAUGACAGCUCAUAAUGAGCAAUUUGAGGAAGGCACUGAAGAGGUUGCUAGCACUGCUGGUCCAACUAAAAAGCGAAAACUGCUUGAUGCCUUUAAUAAUUAUGUGCCAUUGCUUGUGGACACUGCUAGUUCAGCAAAUCCUCACAGAUGUUCUGAGUAUGAGGAUGAUGCAGAUUCCAGCUUUGCCAAUGGCCAAAAUAUGGGGUCUGGACAGUCUGGUGGUAUGGAUUCAUCUUCAGGCAAUAAGAGAAUUAGAAAGGAUAAAAUCCGUGAGACGCUGAGUGUUUUGCAAAGCAUAAUUCCAGGUGGAGAGGGCAAGGAUGCAAUUGUGGUUCUUGAUGAAGCCAUUGAUUACCUGAAAUCCUUGAAACUCAAAGCCAAAACCCUGGGACUUGAUACUCCGAGUUGCAACUGUUCUUAUUAGUAGUGUUAGUGGUAGCAUCUGUAAUUAUUAGCCAUUGUUAGUGAAGCUUGUUAAAUAAGUAGAGUAUAUACAUUCGAGCAUGGAUUUGCAUAUAAUUUGGAGUCUUCCAACGAAGGAGUUGAAAAUCAGAAGAUAAUGGUGGAGAGAUCUUGAACCCCCUUCUUAAGUCUUUCUUCAAUGACUUGAGUUGGAAACCAGUAGGUUUGGCUUAAAAUAUCUCUAUUUUCUAGAGAAAGCAGUGAUAGUGCAGUAUAUUUAUGUCCCAACAAAGGAAGGUGAAUCAUUAGUCUACGCCUUGGGGUUUAGAGGGAGUAACACUGACACCGGUGCUAUGAGGGGUCGGCUGUGUGAAUGAGAAGACUGGUUAUUCUAAAGGGACCCUCAUAAAGGGGCUAAGAGCACGCCCCUUAGGUGUUUGGGUCCCAAUCCUCACUUUCUUCUCCCCUUUUUGUAUUCUUGUCAAAGGUUUUAUCCUUGUGGGUUCCCUUUUCUUUGAUGUAGAAAAUUGCACGAGCAAAGAGCCUUCUCCCAUUUCAUCAUGCAACAACUUGCUGGAAGGGCCCCAGAUCACACCAUCUCUCUCAUCUCCCAUUGGCCUGCGUUUGUCAUGCUAAUGUUUUCCUCUGUUUGGUAUGAUGGGUAGUGUUAUUUUGUUUUGCCCCUUAUUUACGUGGUACUUUAAUUUGAUUGUGGGAAAGACUUCUUAUGUGUUUGUAUGCUGCCAUCAUGGGGUUUAUCUAUGGUGUUUUUCCUUGUUAAACUCGUGAUUGUAGUGGUUUGAUGGUAAUGAAUGAUGUUUGGCUUGAUGUUAUUAUCCAUGUCUUUAUGACUAUGCCUAUGGAUUUACGUUGCAUGCACGCAUUUAUGAAUGAGAUGUCCAUGUCUUAGCUCCUAGUCCCUUAGCCCCUCCCCACAGAAAUGGUGCAAACUUGUCCAUUUUCAUGGAGUUGAUGGUUUCGAUGAUGGGACCACUAAAGUUCCAUUAUUUAGAUCAGGAAGAAGUAGAAUGGAUCUACCAGUUUCCCUCUAGUCAUUGCUACUGGAAAACUAGAAAAAGGAAAGAGUAAUAACUUCUCUUUUUCUCCUUAAUUUUUCUUAGACCGCUCUCAACAUCUUUUUCAUUGAUCUC